AUGUCAUCUUCCUCAUCCUCCACAAAUCGAGCCGCCACAACUCAACUUCUAGCCGGUCUCUCAUUGACCGAAGAUGAGCACGAUGACGCCAACAAACCGCUAUCCGAAGAAUAUAUUGAGGCGUACGAGAAAGUGAUGAAGGUGGGGGUUUUGGAGCGGAAAUUGGUGGAUUUUGGGUCAAAAUUCGUGAAAAAUGAUGAAUUUUGAUGCAAAAUUCACUGAAUUCCAUGAAUUUUGACACAAAAUAGCUCAAAAAUCCAUAAUUUUCAGGAAGUUUUGGGUUGGGACGAGCACGAGCAGUUGGAUUUCAUGGAGAAGGUCGUUCAACGCCUCACACACUAUCAAUUGGGACGGGUCGACAAUUUUUUGCGACCAAUGUUGCAGCGCGAUUUUAUCGCCAAUUUACCCGGUAAUUUUUGAAAUUUUUCGAAAAUUUUGAUCAUUUUUACCUAAAAAUAGUGAAAAAUUGAUGAAAAUCACAAUUUUCUCAACAAAAAUCGAUAUUUUAGCCUGAAAAUAGGCCCAAAAGCCUGGAAUUUCUAGGCCUAAACAUAGACUUGUUUAGGCUCAAAAUGCUCCAAAUUCAAGCCUGAAAAUAGGCCCAAAAGCCUGGAAUCUCUAGGCCUAAACAUAGGAUUGUUUGAGCUCAAAAUUCUCCAAAUUUAAGCCUGAGAUUAGUCCUAGGAUCUUUGGAUUUUCAGGCCUAAACACAGGCUUAUUUGGGCUCAAAAUGCUCCAAAUUCAAGUCUGAAAAAUAGGCCCAGAAGCCUGGAAUAUCUAGGGCUAAACAUAGGCUUGUUCGGGCUCAAAAUGUUCCAAAUUUCGAGCCAAAAACAGGCCUAGAAGCCUUGGAUUUUCAGGCCUAAUCAUGGGCUUGUUUGGGCUCCAAAUGCUUCAAAUAUAAGCCUGAAAAUAGGCCCAGAAGCGUCGAAUUUCUGGGCCUAAAUAUAGGCUUGUUUGGGCUCAAAAUGUUCCAAAUUUCCCGCCAAAAAUCCCGAAUUCAAAAAAAUUGAAAAAUUUCAGAUCACUUGGCUGAAAUGAUCCUCUUCAACGUCAACGCCGAAACCUUGAAAUCAUGCGAAAAUGUGAGCGUAAAUUGGCGUUGCGCUCUGGCACGUGGCCAACACUGGAAAAAAUUGAUUGAGAAAAAUGUGCGAACCGAUUCGUUGUGGCGUGGUUUGAGCGAAAAACGACAUUGGGAUCGAUUUUUGAAUAUCAGUCGAGAAUUGGCUGGACAAAGGAUUUGCGAGAAAUUCGCAUAUGAUUUUGAAGGAAGCUUCAAAGGCAAAUUUGAUAUGAUGAUGUUGUUGCAUGUUUUUUAUAGGUGAGGAUUUUGGGGGCGAAAAUUUGGGGUAAACUUCGAAGAUUUUGAGGUUUUUUGAGCCUAGCAGCUUGAAAAUCAUGAAAUUAUCGAUUUUCUGAGCUCUGUACCUUGAAAUUUGGAAUUUUGAAAAAAAUUGGCUGGAAAAUUCAAUUUUUCGAACUCUGGGCCUUGAAAAUCAUGAAAUCAUCGAUUUUUUAAGCCCUUAAGCUUUGAAAAUUGGAAUUUUGAUGAAAAUUUGCUGGAAAAUUCAAUUUUUAGAGUUCUUGAGCUCGAAAAUCAUGAAAAUAUUAAUUUUUCCAGUCCUAUGAGCUUGAAAAUUGGAUUUUCUUUCAAAAUUUGCUGGAAAACCUGAUUUUUUGAGUUCUGGAGCUUGAAAAUCAUGAAAGUAUCGAUUUUCUGAGCUCUGGAGCUACAAAAAUGCGUCAGUAAAGUUAUUAACUGCUAGAAAUUGCGUCAGCAAAAUCCAGAGCGACAAAAAAUGCGUCAGAAAAUUCAUAAGCUGGAAAAAUUGCGUCAGCAAACAUAUGAGCUACCAAAAUUGCGCUAGCAAAUUAAUAAGCUACAGAAAAUGUGUCAGCAAAUUCAUAAAGUACAGAAAAUGCGUCAGCAAAUUCUCCAACGUUCCCAACAACCUACAAAAUCCACGCCAGCACCACAAACACGCCAAUCAAAGUCUAAUAUUUCUUCCAGAAAGCUCUAUCCAAAAGUCAUCGCCGACAUUUCAACAAUCGAUAUAAAUUGGCGACGUGGCAACUACAAAUUGACACGUGUCAAUUGUCAUUCGGAAAAUUCGAAAGGCGUCUAUUGUCUACAGUAUGACGAUGAGAAAAUCGUGUCGGGACUCCGCGACAAUACCAUCAAAAUAUGGGAUCGAAAAGACUAUUCGUGUCGAAUGACAUUGACCGGACAUACGGGAAGUGUUUUGUGUUUACAGUACGAUAAUCGUGUCAUUAUUUCGGGUGAGUUGGGGGAAAUUUGAAUUUUUGAGGAGAUUUGGAGCAUUUUGACACCAAAUUUAAUAUAUUUUGAUGAAAUUUUGAAUUUUGGUGGCUUUUAACACCAAAUUCGACCAUUUUCAAGAAAUUUUAGCAUUUCUCAUGUUAAUUUUCGAAAUUUUGAGUUUUUGACAUCAAAUUUGACAAUUUUCAAGAAAUUUUAGCAUUGUUCAUGUUAAUUUUUGAAUUUUUCACCAAAAUUCGCCAUAUUUGGUGUCAAAAAACUCGAAAUUACACGGAAAAUUCAAAAAUUAACAUGAGCAAUGCUCAAAUUUUGUUUUUUAGCCCCAAAAUGUCACCCCAAAUUUUUUCCAGGUUCAUCAGACGCCACAGUACGUGUUUGGGACGUGGAAACCGGUGAAUGUCUCAAAACUCUAAUUCAUCAUUGUGAAGCGGUUCUUCAUUUGAGAUUCAGCAAUGGAACUAUGGUUACAUGGUGGGUUUUUCUGGGGAUUUAUAAAGUUUUGAAGAGGAUUUCCAUGCUCCUGAGGUUAUUUGGAGCAUUUUGAGCCCAAACAUGACUAGGUUUGGUGCAUUUUUGGCUCCAAAAUUGUGCAAUUUUCAAAAUCCUCAAAAUUUGACCAAUUUUAGGUUAAAAUUUAGCUUGUUUCAGAUUUUUUCCAAAAAGUUCCACUCAAAAAAAUGACCAUUAUUUUUCCGUAAAAAAUACGUUUCAUUAUUUUUUGAAAUAAUUUUUUCGAAAAAUCAAAAUUGAUUCGAAAAUCGCAUUAUUUCUAAAAAAAAAGUCAACUGAAAAGAGCCAAAAAUCCACGUGGCGAAUUUUUUUCCUGUUGAAAAUCCAUGAAAAUUGCUCAAAAUGUUCCGCAAAACCUAGAAAAUAUCAAAAAUCUCAAAAUGUAUCAUUUUUGUGCUCAAAAUGUUCCGCAAAACCUAGAAAAUAUCAAAAAUCUCAAAAUUUAUCAUUUUUGGGCUCAAAAUGCUCCUCGAAACCUAGAAAAUAUCAGAAAUGCACAAAAUUUAUCAUUUUUGUGCUCAAAAUGCUCUUCGGAAUCUAGAAAAUCUCAAAAAUUCACAGAAAUCCUCAUUUUUUGGCUCAAAAUGCUCCUUUCCAGCUCAAAAGAUCGAUCAAUAGCGGUGUGGGACAUGGUCUCGCCACGAGAAAUCAAUAUUCGCCGAGUUUUGGCCGGACAUCGAGCCGCUGUAAAUGUUGUAGAUUUCGAUGAUCGAUAUAUUGUCAGUGCCAGCGGAGAUCGAACAAUCAAAGUUUGGUCGAUGGACACGCUGGAAUUUUUGCGAACUUUGUCCGGACAUCGAAGAGGAAUCGCUUGUUUACAAUAUCGUGGAAGAUUGGUUGUUAGUGGAAGUAGUGAUAAUACUAUUAGGUUGGUGAAUUUUGGCGAUUUUUGGGAUUCCUGGGAAAAUUAGCGAAGUUUUGAUAUAAAAUUCGAUGAUUUUGGCCUAAAGUAACCCUAGAAUAGAUUUUCCUGGUUUUUAUGAGAUUCCUCAGAGCAUUUCAUGAAUUUUGACACCAAAUUUAUGAUUUUUGAGCUCUUUUGAGCUCUAAUUCUUGAUUUUUCCUGAAAUUUUUGACUUUUUUUCUGGGGAAAUUUCACAAUUUUUUAUAUAAAAUUUGAAUUAUGGCUCAAAAUGCUCCGAUUCCUAUCAGGAGCCUGAAAAAAAUGUUCUGGAAAUCUCAUUUUUGGCUCAAAUCUGAACAUUUUGUGCUCAAAAUGCUCCUGGAGCCUUCAGGAUUCUGAAAAUCACAUUUUUAGUCCAGAACUAAUUGAAUUUGUGCUCAAAAUGCUCCUGGAGCCUUCAGGACUCUGAAAAUCACAUUUUGCUUUAAAAAUAACCAAAUUUGAGCUCAAAAUGCUCCUGGAGCCUUCAGGAUUCUGAAAAUCACAUUUUUAGUCCAGAACUAAUUGAAUUUGUGCUCAAAAUGCUCCUGGAGCCUUCAGGACUCUGAAAAUCACAUUUUGCUUUAAAAAUAACCAAAUUUGAGCUCAAAAUGCUCCUGGAGCCUUGAGGAUUCUGAAGAUCACAUUUUUAGUCCAAAUCUAACUGAAUUUGGGCUCAAAAUGCUCCUGGAGCCUUCAGGAUUCUGAAAAUUUCAUUUGUGCUCCAGAACUAAUUGAAUUUGAGCUCAAAAUGCUCCUGGAGCCUUCACGAUUCUGAAAAUCACAUUUUUGAUGAGGAAAUAGCAAAAUUUGAGCUCAAAAUGCUCCUGGAGCCUUCAGGAUUUUGAAAAUCACAUUUUUGAUUCAAAACUAACUUAGUUUGUGCUCAAGAUGCUCCUGGAGCUGUCAGGAUUUUGAAAAUCACAUUUUUGAUGAGAAAUUAGCCAAAUUUGAGCUCAAAAUACUCAUGGAGGCUCCAGGAUUCUGAAAAUUUCAUUUUUGGUUCAAAUCCAACUGAAUUUGAGCUCAAAAUGCUCCUGGAGCUGUCAGGAUUCUGAAAAUCGCAUUUUUGCUCCAAAAUGCAUCAUGUUUGGGCUCAAAAUGCUCCAAAUCUCCCCAAAACCUCCAAUUUUUUGCAGACUUUGGGAUAUCCAUUCCGGUGUUUGUUUGCGAGUUCUCGAAGGUCACGAAGAAUUGGUCCGUUGCAUCCGCUUUGAUGAUAAACGCAUCGUUUCCGGAGCCUACGACGGAAAAAUCAAAGUGUGGGAUUUGAAAGCGGCACUGGAUCCGCGAAGUAUGCCCGGCGAUAUUUGUCUUUCGUCACUCAUGCAACACACUGGCAGAGUAUUCAGAUUGCAAUUUGAUGAUUUUCAAAUAGUCUCCAGCUCGCAUGAUGAUACCAUUUUGAUUUGGGACUUUUUGGAUGCGCCGAUUGAGGGAACACCGCCGGCUGGUGUGAGUUUUUUGUUGUUUUGAGUCUAAAUAUGACCAGGAUGUGAAAAUUCUGAUUUUUAGCUCCAUUUUGAGCCUAGAUAUUGAUUUUGAGCUGAAAAUUCAGAUUUUUCGAUUUUUUUUUUAACCAUCACCAAGCUCGGAAAAAUCAGAUUUUUAGCUACAUUUUGAGCCUAAAUAUUGAUUUUGAGCUGGAAAUUCCAGAUUUUUUGAGCUCAAACGUUACUAGACUCUAGAAAUGUUGAUUUUGAGCUGAAAAUUCCAGAUUUUUUGAGUCUAACCAUCACCAAGCUCGGAAAAAGGCCUAAUUUUGGUCUGGAGCUGAAAAUGCUGAUUUUUUGAGCCCAAACAUCACUGUAUUCGAAAAAUUCAGAUUUUCAAGACUUGGACAAUUGAUUUUAAGCUGAAAUUUCCAGAUGUUUGCAGAUUUCUAACUCAAUUUUGAGCCUAAAAACGAAAAAUCAUGAAAUUUGGGUUAAUUUGAGUCCAGGAUCUGAAAAUUUGGAUUUUUUGAGCCCAAACAUGUCUAGACUGCAGGAAUUUUGAUUUUCCGCUGAAAAUUCCAGAUUUUCAGCAUUAUUUUGAGUCCAAACAUGACUAGACUUAGGAAAUUUCGAUUUUGAGCUGAAAUUUUCAGAUUUUUAGCCCCAUUUUGAGCCUCAACUUGAUCAGGAUCUGAAAAAUCGCAAGAUUCCGCGCGGCGACCACGCGGAACCUUCCGGAAACCAUUUUUAUAUUUUUCCAGAAUGCCCGAAUCAAUCAAGUCGCUCGUCAUCUCCAACAACAACAGCAACAAAACGGCGGCGGAGACGCGGACAACGUGAAUCCGGCCGACAUCCGCUUCCUCCAAGAAAUGUUGGGCGAAGCUGCGGCAGCUCCGCAAGCCGCCGCACCGCAAGGCGCCGGCGCCGACAACGACGAGGAGAGCAGCUCGAAUGAGGAAGAUGAAGUGGGGCGAUUCCGCGUGGCUGCCGCAAGACCGCGCAGAAGACCGCAAGCUGCUGCGCGGCAAGCCGCGAAUAAUCCGCCUGUCGUCAGAAAUCCAUAUUUGGUGAGUGGGAUUUUUGAAUUUUCAAAUUUUCUCGUUUGGCGCCAAAUUUGGUAUAAAAAUACGUGGAUUUUGGCGCCAAAUUCAAAAAUUUUAAAAUUUUCUCGUUUGGCGCCAAAUUUAGUACAAAAAUACGUGGAUUUUUGCGCGAAUUUCAAAAAUUUUCAAAUUUUUUGUUUGGCGGCAAAUUUAGUAUCAAAAUACGUGGAUUUUGGCGCCAAAUUCAAAAAUUUUCAAAUUUUUUGUUUGCCACCAAAUUUGGUAUGAAAAUACAUGGAUUUUUGCGCGAAUUUCAAAAAUUUCAAAUUUUUUUGUUUGCCACCAAAUUUGGUAUGAAAAUACGUGGAUUUUCGCGUCGAAUUCAAAAAUUUCAAAUUUUCUUGUUUGCCACCAAAUUUGAUAUGAAAAUACGUGGAUUUUUGCGCGAAUUUCAAAAAUUCCAUAAAAAAAUCUGAAAUUUUUAAAAUUUUCAGCUCCAAUUCCAACAAAUGAACGGUCUACCAAUUUUUCAACCACAAAAUCAAGAUUUUCUGGACCAAAUUGAAGAGCUCCAAGAUCACGAUGACUGA